UGUAGCUAUUCUUCACUGGGACUGUUUGUUUUUUGCAAGUGACCCUUAUGUUGAGGAUGUCUAAAAGGACUUUCCCUUACUUUGCUCAUCAGGAGAUGGAUUCAGUGUCAGGCUACCAAUAGGAAGCAGCAUGCAGCUGUGUGCGUGUGUAUCACUUACAUGAACAGGACUCUGCUCUCAUUCUGUAUACAUACUAUAACUUUCUUGGCACAGGACCUCACAACGCCGCUCUGCAUGAACCUCCAGGUGCAUUUUAAACGUUCUGGAGCAGGAGAGGAAUCUCUAGCAUGUCAUCAUUCAGCAAUAUAGGAUAACUCAUGCUGACUUCUGCACAUCUCUAAGAACUCCCUGAAAUGCGUCCUGAUAAGUACUAUGCUGCCCUUUCAAUGAACUUUUUCUGCGCUGAAUACUAAGGGUGACUCUAAAAUCAGCCGUGACAUCAGACAGGACACUGGAAUGAGGGACCUUCUUGGCUUGGACACCAGCUCAAUCUGAAAACCACCUUUUUGGAAGCUGUUCAUAUUGCUUUGUUUCCCUGGUUUACAUUCUCAGAUUGCAAUGUAAACGUGUAGUUCUAUGAAGAAUCUCCCUGGAGUUACCCUCCUUUGUCAUUGAGUGUCUUCUCACUCAGUAGAAUUGUCCAAGGACAGAGUCCAUGCAGUGGUUCUUGCACUUCCUUUACUGUACAGUGUUUGACUUUGUAAUCUCUAUUUUUAUUUAUUAAGUGCAAUCCCAUGAAGUAUACCUCUAACAGACAGAGGAGUUAUGUUGCUAUCUACUGUAACAUAUCCCCCCUCUCAAUGUGCUGUGUAGGAUAAGCCUCUCUGGUUUGUGGCAGCACAUUAGUCAUCAUGCUAUCCUUGGUUUGGAAUCACCUCUGGUUACUUCUUCUCCCUACUUAUUCCCUCUGUCAGCAACUUGGGAGUCAUGAUGUAGAGCUGCCGUACUACGAUGAUAAUGUUAUUGAUCUUCUGGAAGCUUUGAAUGUAACACGUUCUAUCAAAGGUGUUACCAAAUCAAAAGGCCCAGAUCCAGAUACUCCAGCGUGGAAAUUUCGGCAACGUGUACCCCAUCUCACCCUACCCUGGGAUUACUCUGUAUAUCUACUCUCCAGUACACAAGGCUCUCUGGGCCUGCACUUUGUAGCCAAACAAGCUAAGAACAAUAAGGGAACACUGCUGGCCCUCCAGUCGCCAGCUGCCACCAAGAAAGAUGGGCAUCCACUUCUGCGUCUUGUCUCUGAUACCUCCGUUGACCAGUUGCGCUUGGAAUACCGCACCCCACAGGGCAUGGAGCCAGCCUCUUUGGUGCUUCCAGGGGGAUCACCUUUCACUGGCUCUCAGUGGGCCCGACUUGCACUAAACAUAGACAUUCAUAAGGUGACAAUCUUCCUAGAAUGUGAGGAGCCAGUGGUGUUUGGGAAAGAGGAAGAAGAGGAGUUAUUGAGUUUGAUUCUCCCCUUGGAUCUUCAGAUCAGCUUUGCAAGCACUCCAGGUGACAAAGAGAGCAAAUUCCUGGGUUACUGGCAGACUGCAGAAAUUUCCCCAACCGGAUUCACCCACAGACCAUGGCAUUGUGAGAACCUUUCAGACUCACCAACACUUCCUUACUCUUUGCCGCAAGAGAGGCAUGUUGAUGAAGAGGUGCAACGGGAACCCAGAGCUCCAGACAUAUCAGACAUAAAGUACUACCAGCAGCAGCAGAGUGAAGUCCCUCCUUCACGCCUAUCUCAAGAAGAUCGUCUUCAGAGACUGGAAGAAGUCAUACUUGGCUUAACCAGCAUGCUCGACAUGGUUAAAACUCAGAAUGCUGAUCUUCAGGUUAGAGUAAAGGCUCUAGAAAGCUGUGAAUGUCGCCGACCCUCAUGUUUCUGGGAAGGUCAAGAAUAUCAGGACAGUGAAACAUGGAGGAAAGACACAUGCAACAUAUGUGUAUGUGUGGGAGGAACUGUGACAUGCUCGCUACGCAAAGAUUGGCCACAGUGUCUUGGUUGUACCUAUGAGGGAAGAACUUAUAAUAACAAGGAAACUUUCUCUUUGGGUCCCUGUGCAUCAUGCAUCUGCCAGGAUGGGAAAGUGAAUUGCUCUGUGAAUGCUUGCCCACCCGCCGCCUGUGCUAACCCGGUGACACUUCCAGGUGAUUGCUGCCCUCAGUGUGUAAAAGACUGCUCUGAUGGUCGCAAGGAUGGCGAUACCUGGAAAUUAGAGCCAUGUGUUAGCUGUACCUGCCAGAGCGGACUUGUGAGGUGUACCAAUGAAGUUUGUGGUCAGGCACCAUGUGAGCAUCCAUUCACCCCUCGUGGGAAAUGCUGCCCAGAGUGUACCAGCUGCCGGUACCAAGGAAAGUUUCUGAAGAUUGGAGAAAGGUUUCAACCAGAUCAAUGUACCACAUGCACGUGCAUGAAUGGCACGGUGCAGUGUGAGAGAGAACGCUGUGCGGAGCUAUCCUGUGGAAAAAGAUACACUCCACCUGGAAAAUGCUGUCCUGUCUGUCAACAAGGCUGUGAGUACGAAGGUUUGACAUAUAAAAAUGGAGACUUUUUCCUGUCACAAAGCAACCCGUGUGUGAAUUGUUCUUGUUUGAAUAACCUAGUACGAUGCUUGCCAAUUCAAUGCCCUGUACUUCCAUGCACCAAACACAUUUCCACCCCAGGUCAAUGCUGCCCCAGUUGCGCAGUGUGUGAGUUUGAAGGGCGUCCAUUGUUACCUGGCAAGAAUUUGACUUCCACAGAUGGCUGUCUUCACUGCAAUUGUCAGGAUGGUGAAGUGAGGUGCACUGACUCUGUUCGUUGUCCACAUUCCUGUACUCACGGUGUCAAACGAGGUUCUUGCUGCUCAGAUUGUACAGCCUGUGACCUGCAUGGGGAUAUUAUUCCCAAUGGAGUCACAUUCCGAGGAAAUGGCAAUCCUUGUGAUAGCUGCGUGUGUCGGGAUGGUAGUGUACAUUGUGUACGAGUGACUUGUCCUGAGCUGAGUUGUACUCUGCAGGAGGAAGUUCCUGGUGAAUGUUGCAAGCGAUGUCAAGGCUGCAUUGAUGGUAUUUCCAGGCGCAAACACGGGGAAGAGUGGAAACCUCAGGGUGAACCAUGUCAAAGCUGCCGUUGUUUGGAGGGCAGCAUUCAAUGUAGAAAGCGUCAUUGUGCCUCUUUGUGUCGGAACCCAGUACCGGCCAAGCCAGGAACCUGCUGCCCUGUUUGUGAUGGUUGUUUGUAUCAUGGCCGCAGUUAUCUAAAUGGACAGGCUGUUAGAAGUUCUGACUCAUGCACCCGCUGUAUCUGCGAGAAUGGAAAUGUUCAGUGUGAUCCCAUACCAUGUCCCCCAACGAUGUGCAGAAAUCCUAUCCGAAAACCUGGGGAAUGCUGUCCUAGGUGCGAGGGCUGUGAAUUUAAUUCCCAGAUGUUCGCUGAAGGAGAGGUUUUCACUGCUGCCCAUGACCCUUGUCUGAGCUGUACAUGUUCGUCUGGGGAAGUGUCAUGUGAUCACCUGGACAGGCGAUGUCCCACUGCAAAGUGCAGUCACCCAGGAAAAGUAAAUGGACAGUGCUGCCCAAGCUGUGAAGUUUGUGACUUUGAGAGGAAAUUGUACUCUGACGGACAGACAUUCCGGCCCCCAGGACACAGUCCAUGUCUAAAAUGCACAUGCACGAAAGGGAAUGUGCGUUGUACAGAGGAGACCUGCCCUCCAAUAGCCUGUCCUAACCCGGUCAGAGACCCAGAUCAUUGUUGUCCAAUCUGCAAAAUCUGCGUUCAGGAUGGAGAAGAGUUUUUAGAAGGAGUGGAGUGGGAGCCAAAGAGUGACCCCUGCAGCACCUGUGCAUGUUUGAACGGAGACGCAGUGUGUGGAGUUAGCCAGUGCCCCCCAAUUGCAUGUCUUCAUCCAACUAGGAAUGAACGUGAAUGUUGUCCUGUUUGUGACACCUGCAGCUACAACCAGAGAGGGUACAACAAUGGACAGAUCUUCACAGAUCCCGAUAACCCGUGCCAGGAUUGUAUGUGCCAGGAUGGUACAGUCCAGUGCUCCCCUAUUGUGUGCCCGCCUGUAUUGUGCUCCAAUCCCGAGACGGAACCCGGGCAGUGUUGCGCCAAAUGCCCAGAGUGUUUGUACCAGGACCAGAUCUUCCUAGAAGGGGAGGAGUUUUCUAACCCAAGCAAUCCGUGCCAGGAGUGUGGGUGUCUGGAUGGGCAGGUGACAUGUAAAGACAGAGGUUGCCCAGGUCCUACGUGCUCCUAUCCACUGCCAGGCUCCUGCUGCAACAACAACUGUAAUGGCUGUAAUUAUGCUGGGAAGGAAUACCCUAACGGAGCCGAUUUUCCUCACCCCACCGAUAAGUGUAGGCAAUGUCAUUGCAUUAAUGGUAACGUACAGUGUCUGAUGCUGAGAUGCCCUCCUGUGCUCUGUGCUGAACCUUUUCCAGUUCCUGGGGAAUGCUGCCCUCAAUGUCCAGUGCCCCCAGCUGAUUGCCCAUACUCCGGGAUCACCUACAGACAUAUGCAACGAUUCUAUGAUCCUUCAGACAAAUGUCGUGACUGCAUCUGCAAUAAUGGCACUGUGACAUGUCAGAGGAAACCCUGUGCCCCUGUGCCCUGCUCACAUCCUCUGCAGGGAGAGUGCUGCCGUUCCUGUGAUGGAUGCCUUUUGUCAGGGAAAGAAUUGGCCAAUGGUGAACAGUUUACACAGCCAUCUGAACCCUGCUCUCUGUGCGUGUGCUGGGAAGGCAGUGUAAAAUGUCAACCAAAAACAUGCCCUGUCCUCCACUGCCCUUACCCAGCCUCUGGAAAAUGCUGCAAGGAGUGCCAAGACUGUCAGUACCUGGGUGAGGUGUACCUGAAUGGCCAGGAGUUUACUUCUCCACAAGAUUCAUGUAGCCGCUGUGUGUGUGCUGAUGGAUUUGUCACAUGUAGUAAGAAGCCGUGUUAUAAAGCUGGCUGCACUCACCCUAGCACCCCUCCAGGAAAAUGCUGCCCAACCUGUGAUGGGUGCAUAUAUAACGGAGUUGUUCUGAUAAGUGGUCAGACUAUUCCUGACCCGUCUAACCCAACUUGCUCUGAGUGUAGCUGCAGGACCGGGUCAGUGCAGUGUGCCCGCAAACUAUGCUCAUCCACUACAUGCCCACAUCCUGUGACUGGACCAUGUGACUGCCCCAUGUGCCAGGGUUGCCACUUCCAGGGCAAGAACUAUUUAGAUGGUGAUACUUUUAAAUCUGUGCAAAGUGAAUGUGAGCAAUGUCGCUGUAUGAGGGGUCAUGUCACCUGUACUCCCAAGUCCUGCAGUUUGGUGACCUGUACACAUCCUGCAGAGGACUCCUGUAUGUGUCCAGUGUGUGAUGGAUGCAACUACAAUGGGCGAGACUGUAUCAACGGAGAGAAGUUCCCAGACCCAGAGGAUGAAUGCAGCCACUGUAACUGCAAAAACGGUGAAGUGACAUGUGUAUCACUGCCUUGCCCUCGAGUGUCCUGUCUAUUCCCCAUAACACCCCCAGGAGAGUGCUGUCCACGCUGCACUGGAAUCUGCAAACACAAUGGGCGCACUUACCAGAAUGGCGACAGCUUCCAACUUCCAGGGGAUAUUUGUACCCAGUGUACUUGUCAGAAUGAAAUGGUGAAAUGCCAGCGUGUACCAUGUAUCCAAGAGUGUACACAUCCUGUCCCAAGUGCAUCAUACUCCUGCUGUCCCAUGUGCGACCGCUGUUUCUUCGAAGGCAAAGAAUUCAAUAAUCGACAAGCAUUUUCUUCCACGUUUGACCCAUGCCAGCGAUGUGUGUGUCUGGAUGGCAGUGUUACCUGCACCAGUGUGGUGUGUCCUACAUUGCUUUGUGCCAACCCGGUUGGAAAGCCUAGCCAAUGCUGUAAGGAGUGCCCAGUGUGCCGGUACCAAGGAAAAGAGUAUAGUGAGGGUGCCAACUGGGUGCCACCAACAGACCCAUGUCUGCAGUGUACAUGCUCAGGUGGAAACGUUCAGUGUGAGCCUCCCUCGUGCCCUUCUUUGCCCUGUACCCAGCAAGUGACUGAUCCUGGAGCAUGCUGCCCUCGGUGCAGGGGUUGUGUAUAUAAUGGCCGUGAGUACAGGGAUAACAGUAACUGGCUCUCCAGUGUGGAUCGCUGCAUGUCCUGCAUGUGUGUGGAUGGAGUGACAACCUGUUCCAAGCUUCAGUGUGUUACAUCUUGCAUUAAUCAGAUCACACUGCCCGGCGAAUGCUGUCCACUGUGUGCAGACUGUAUUGCUAAUGGUAAGGUAUAUGUUACCGGGGAGAGUUUUCACCCAGCACACGAUCCAUGCGAUAUCUGUACAUGUGAACGAUUGCCAGAUGGACGACAGUACAGACGUUGUAACAGGAAACAGUGCCCUAGCCUUCUGGACUGCCCUCUGAGCCACAUUCUUCCCCCUGCAUAUGGCCAGUGCUGUCCUACUUGUGCCCAAGCUCUCAGUAACUGCACAAACUCCAUAGUGGGCAAUGAAAUUCAGGCCACAGAUGAUCCCUGUUACACCUGCCAAUGCAAGGAUCUUACAUGGAUUUGUGUUCAUCAACCUUGUCCCAUCCUGAGCUGUCCACAUGCAGAGCAAGUCACUCGAUCUGGGUCUUGUUGCCCAUUCUGCAAAGAAUGUGUGGUUGAAGUUGAAGGAAGGCGGGUUCCUGAUGGAGAGACCUGGACAGACAGACAAGAUCCUUGUGUGACCUGCACUUGUACUCUGGGGCACGUUGAGUGUCAAAUAGAGGAGUGUCCUCCCUUGCAGUGUCAGCAGGGGGAGCAAAAGGUCAAGACACCCGGUACAUGUUGCCAUGUCUGUCAGGCUCCUGCUGUCUCCUGCUGGUACCAAGGCCGGAGGUUUCUCUCCAAUGAGCAUUGGCAGGUGGAUGAGUGCACGGCCUGCACCUGUGUAUCGGGGGAGGUGCACUGUCAUAGUGAGCGGUGUCCCCAAGUGUCCUGCACAGCUGAUGAAACUCCAGCUCUUAUCCCUGGAAUGUGCUGCCCACACUGCAUUCCUCGACCAGCCACUUGCAUUGCAUUCGGAGACCCUCACUACAGGACAUUUGAUGGCAAAAUGUACCACUUCCAAGGCAGCUGCACAUAUGUUCUGAGUGAGGAUUGUGAAGGAGGGGACUUCAGCAUCCAUGUGACAAACGAUGACCGUGGCCAGCGUGGUGUAUCCUGGACCAAGGAAGUAACUGUACUGAUUGGGGAUGCUGUGGUGCAUCUCUUACAGGAUUGGGUUGUGAUGGUGGACUAUCAGUCAGUAGAGCUGCCUUACCUGAAGGAACCUUAUAUUUACAUAGAGAGGAAAACAAACACCAUCCUUUUGAACAGUAACAUCGGUGUAAAGGUUCAGUGGAAUGGGCGAUCCCAUUUGGAGGUCAGUGUCCCUGGAACAUACCGAGAUCACCUGUGUGGUCUGUGUGGAAAUUUCAACAAUUAUCCACAGGAUGACCUGCGAGACCGGAGAGGACAGAUCCUGCUUUCAGAGGCAGCCUUUGGCAACAGCUGGAGGGUACAGAGUGAUAAUGACUCUGUCAGUGCGUGUUGGGAUGGGCAGGAUGUGGACCCUUGUAAGCAGGCUGGGUAUCGUGCCAGAAAAGAAGCCAAUGGACGUUGCAAGCUGCUGAAAUCCAGUGUAUUUGAGCCAUGUCAUCGAGUAGUUCCACCAGAGCUGUUCUUUGCUUCUUGUGUUUACGACCUGUGUGCCUGUGGAGCAGGAGAUGAGUGUUUGUGUGAUGCUCUAGAGGCCUACGCGUCGGAGUGCAGGGAGGCUGGUGUUAUCCUGCAGUGGAGAUCCCCAGCAUUAUGUGCUGUUGGCUGCCCACAUGACAGAGGUUAUGUAUUCGAUGAAUGUGGUCCCCCUUGUCCCAAGACCUGUUUUAAUAAGGAUGUACCACUUGGAAUCCUGGAAUCCCACUGCUUCAAGCCAUGUGUUCCAGGCUGCCAAUGUCCUGCCGGGCUGGUGGAACAUGAGUCUCACUGCGUUCCUCCUGAGUCCUGUCCCAAGAUUAUCCAUGGGAACCUGUGAGUUCAAGUACCCAAAGGACAAAAAGAUGUUGGCUGUUUAGGGUGAAUGUGUGCAUUCCCUACCACCGCCAGUAAGAUAUUUAUCCAUAGUCUGGCAAACAUCAAGGGUAUAUAUGGCUUGUCAGAUAUCUUAUUCUCAAUCCCAGUUGUGCACAUUUUAACACAUUCUUACAAAUCUAUUGCCAAUCUUUCUUUGAGCCUGAUCGAAUUAAACUUGGUUUUAGGUCCACCACUCUUUACGCAUUUGAGAACUUUUCGAGUGGUGUUCAUCCCUGAAGUGCAAGCCAAGUGCACAGCAGUAUGCCUUGCAUUUUCCCAUGUGAACCAGAGACAUUAAUAAUUACGGAAACCGGAGGCAAACUGCAAUAUCUGUCACUAGUUCAAAACAUAGAAAGUACAUGAACAUACCUUCCUUAUUUAUAACAAAAUGUUUGUAGGUCUCAUCGCUGUUCUUUAUGUUUACAAUAUUUUAAUCUGCAAUCUCAAGUUAUGUUAGUGGAAAAACACAAUUUUUUUUCUAUUGUAGCAAGUGAGGUAGUCUAGUUGAUUAUUGCACCAACUGUUUAAACAUUAUGUUUAUGGCUGACUUUUCCUACAAGGAUAAUGCAUCCUUUCAACUUUCUGAGCUUGACCAAACCUAAAUCAUUGAGUUGGGUAACAGUAAUCUUGUUGCUGAGGAAAACAAAAUAUAUUCUCAAUGAAUCUGUCCCUAUUUAAGCACUGUUGUUACUGUAUAGGUAAUAUUGCUUAUGACUGUAGUGCUUACCCAUGCAGUUCUCUCUGAUUACACAAUAUACUGCAUAUUCAUUAUUUCCAAAAAGAAGUACAAAUAAAUGAAGAUAUUAAUUUGAACUUAAGCAUGCGGGAUGAAUUGCGAGAAAACAAAAACGACAUAUUUUUUUUAAAACCGUGUUUCCAAGCAGCUUCAACUAGUGUAGGAUUUUUUUUUGUUCAAGCAACAAUCAUUGAUAUCAAUAUUACAACAAGUACCCCUGUUUCCAGGUUCCAUUAUCGUCUAUAAUUAAACAGGUGUUCUAUUACCACUUAGAAUACACUUACACAGAAUACACAUGGUGAGAGACAGUUUUAGAUCUUGCACGUCUCUGAAUAAGGACAGAGAUAUUAAGCCCCUUCCUUAAGGGGAGUUAUAGUGCAGGACUUAAUUUUGUCUGUUUGUAUAUGCUUCUGUAUUAAUAUAUUACAGUGCUGCGGGCCACCCCAUGUGUGCCCUAUUAAGGGUUAAGAAGUGUGUAGGUAUUCAUAAGAAUAUCCCUUGCUGUCUCAUUAAAAAUGUUGCUUUUGAGCUGAAAGCAGCAAGGUGAAUUGUCAGCGAAGGUGUAGGUUUGCCUUGACGUAGCAGGUGAGCUUACACUUUAAUGGCCAUUGAAAUGAUUUGAGAUAGUGUGCAGGUAAUUUUUCUUUUGUGAUCUUUCCGUUGAUGUUACUGUUUUACUCCACGAACAGCUCUAUAGAUGAAUAUGGGAAACUAAAAGUACUGUAAUUGAUUAUAUCAGUGAAAAAUCGAUGCAUUUUCUGCUGCUGAAUUUAAUUUACUAGUAGCACAGUUAGCUGAGUGACUGCAGAUAAACAGUGCAUUCUUGUGGUCAUUUUGUAUA